UUGUGUGCAGCCUAGAGACCUGGUUUCAAAUGCCAGCAGGAGCAUCUUCAGGCUCAUUAAUAAUGGAGGCGUCUGACAGGGGCAGCUUCGCUUGCUUUGUUUCCACUGUAGAUGAAAGGGGACAUGGAUCUUUCUGUUUUGCCCAAUAACAACCAUCCUGACAAAUUCCUGCAGCUUGACGUGAAGUCUUUAAUGAGGAACUCAACCCUUCUGCAGGCUAGCCUCGCGAGAUUUCCGGGUGGAAAUUUUCCUGCUACACAACACUGGCAAAACGUUGUCUACUCCCAGAACCCCGAGGCUUCUCAGAGGAAAUCUGUGAGCUGGAGUGAAAAGCCAGUGGUGAGAAGUUCUUUCUACAGUAUCAGGAUCUGCAUUAUGUCUGCAGACCGAGAAGACAGAGAGGAAGACACAAAUACUGUUGGGGAGGGAGAAAAGAACAUGGCUUCUCAGGGAGCUAAGGGAUUUGGCGGGGAGAACCCAGCCCUUCCUGACAAUCCUCCACCGUCCAUGUCUCCAGUCAUGAAGAAUAACCCGUUAUAUGGUGACAUGAGCAUGGAAGAAGCUAUGGAAGAGAGAAAAAAGAAUCCUUCCUGGACUGCUGAGGAAUAUGACAAGCACUCUGCGCACACAAAUCUCUCUGGACAGCUGAAGGAAAACCCCAACGACCUGCGCUUUUGGCUGGGGGAUAUGUACACUCCAGGCUUUGACACUCUGUUGAAAAAGAAGAAGAAGCGCAACAAGCAAUCAAAAUUAUGUCACAUGGGUAUGAUCUUACUCGUUGUGGCCUCCAUCUUGGUUACCGUAGUGACUCUGAGCGCCUUGUUUGCCUAAGGAAGUUGCAAACCCUUCUUUCAAGCUUUAAAACGCCUUCUGAGUACUUACAGGAAAAUCUGUCUGUGCAUUGUGAAUGUAUGCGUCCGCAUUGCUAGCUGUGUGGCUAAACACCCUUGUCCUUUAGAAUGUGGUCAUUGCUUGUGGUAUGCUGGCCCCUCUGCUCUGUUCCGUGAAACCUGCGUGUGAUUCCUGGUUGGUCGGGGUUUUCUCCUUUGUGAAGCAGAUAUUCCGGAGGAUCAGAAAACCAAAAGUCACAUACAUGCAACCACAAUCAAGCUUUAUGAUAGAGAGCAGAGCAUCAGGCACCUCAGUGCUCAUCAUGCUCAUCCGGUUUUCACCACACCACUCCCUCCUCCUCUGGGCACUGCGGAAGCUCCAGCCAACCUGGCCAGCUGCAAGGGCAACUGGAAGACUUCUGCUGAGCCCAGGUCAAGUUAGACCUGCUUUACCCUCCUUGAUCUCCACUUACGUUAGGGAAGAGGAAAAAGUGGGAGGGAGAUGUUCUAUCCUCUUCUAAUUUCCCCAGUAAUCCUUUAUAAUGACCCACAUUUAUGUUGCUGUUUCAGCAGAGAUAAACGUGGUCCACCAUUGUGGUAUGUGUUUGUGGGUUGAUGGAAACCGGCAACUGUGACCUCUAGUGGCAGUGGGUACAUAUUUACCAGACAUAGUGGGUAGGGCACUGGAGAGACCCCAGGAAUGCUGCCACCCCUGAGUAUUCCAACUGAAUGACAGUUAGACCUGAAGGAGAGAUUAUCCGAGGAGGGAGCUGACUUAACAAGAGCUGGGACUACCUUUUCCCACAGUGUCAUUUCCAGCUGGCUGCUGGCUGCAGAUUACCUGGGGACAAGCGCAUCCUCUCCCCAUCCCAAGACAUUCUCCCCUACGGCCCCCAGUGCCACUCCUAACGCUAUUUAGUGUGUGAAACAAGGCUUUUCUUCUUCCCCAAGAGUGCCGUCUUCUCGUGCCCUUAGAUAACGCCUUACUAUUUCCCUGUAUUGCUCGUAAAGAUACUUGAAGUAAAAGUGUAUAAAAAUGAAGGUUUACAGGACAAUAAAUUACCGUGUACAAAGCAAA